AUGGAGGAAGAGAAGAAGUACAAGAGCGAAGAUCAACUAAAAGCAGUCCGGUUCGCCGCUGCAACGGCGGCGCUCAUGGCCUGCUUUGAAUGUGCCACGGUGGUUUCGCGUUGGCGCGUGUGGGUGUUCCUUUCUCUAAAUCUCCUGCUCUUGGCCAUUCUUUUCACUUCUAGUACUUCUCAAAGUCAAAGCCCAUCAAAUGAAACUGUUCAAGAAACUGAAGAAAAACUCGUCAAGAUUGAGAGAGAGAAGAAGAUGCAAUAUGAGCCGUUGAUUUCAGCUAGUGAUGAAGAUCAUGUGGUGGAAAAGGAAUGCAAUCAGCUGUCAAAGGAGGAAUUGAACCAGAGAGUGGAAGCUUUCAUUACCAUGUUUAGGCAGCAAUAUUUGUUGUCUGAUGCAAGAUCAGUAAAGGGCUGUAGGACUCCUCCUCCAUCCAAGGGCAUAUCAGUCAAUUCAAGUUACGAAAUCCCAAUUUAG